AUGCUAAAAACACCGGGUGUUACAAUAGUUGUUGCAAAUGUGGUAGAAUAUAUCAAGGAGAGAGACCAGAUGCUGAGUUUGCUCAUGGAGAAUCUACACAAGGCUCAAGAAAGGAUGAAGUUCUUUGCAGAUAAAAACAGGAAUGAAAGAUCAUUUGAUGUGGGAGAUGAGGUGUAUCUAAAGUUACAGCCCUAUAGGCAAACCUCCAUUUCACUAAGAAGAAAUCUCAAGCGAUCAGCCAAGUAUUAUGGACCUUUCAAGGUAAUUGAAAAGAUUGGUUCAGUAGCAUACAAGCUCCAAUUGCCAGUCGGGUCAAGAAUACAUCCAGUCUUCCAUGUAUCCCAACUCAAGAAGUUAGGAACAACUAUGUUAUCGAUAUCACACUUUCCAUUAGUAGAUCGGCAAGGACAGAUCAAGGUUGAACCAGCAGCACUGCUAGGGUAA